AUGUUGCCGACCAGGCCCUCCGUCUAUGUGGAGAGGCUGAGCAUUGCUCUGGGGGGCUUGACCAGUAUGCCGGCCGUGGGGCAGAUAGCCCUGGUCAUCUUCAAGGUAUUAGAGGUGAUCCUCAUAGCCAACAAGGAGGUACCGUUGGACACGGGGGACAUGCUGCGUCCGGUGUUUGCCGAGGAGAAGGCCUCGGCGGUGCGAAACUGGAUGGAUGAGUAUCUGAAGCUUGUGCAGAUGGAUCUGGAGACCAAGCUGCUCCUCCUUGAGAACACCAAGCGUGUGGAGGGUCAGCUCAGCUCAGCUUUAACCUGA